GCCACGGUACACAGAAGAAGUUUGAGAACAAAAUGAUAGCUACUACCCUGCACGAUUUAUAAGUUUAAUGGACAGAUAAGAAGAAAAUCAGAAAGGGUGGAGGUAGUGUAAGGGAGCUUGGGCAUGUAUGGCUACUUCUGGCUCGCUCAUCAACUCAUCAACAGGCUCAUUAACAGGCUUACUCAUCUUUACUGAUGAUGUAAUGGAGGAUGGCAGCAGGAUUCAUUUGGAAGUGUGCAGAGAGAUUUUGUAUGGCUAUUUACAACAAAAUUCCUCCAACCUCAACAGCCGGAGUUUCAUCCUGCAGUAUACAACACACUACAAAUAACAAAUUUCACUCUGCUGUUCCCAUACUUUUGGAGGGUACUGUAUAUUUUUGGUCCUGUUUUCUCAUGAUUACGACUUAUUUAUCUUAUGAUUACAACAUAAACAAAAGUGGUUUUCUUGUAAUAAUGAGAUAACAAGAUCAACCAGUUGAAUGCACAGUGAUUGUGACAGACUGGGGAUAGCAUACUUUCAAUAGAUGAGCACGAGCCAUUUUACUUUGACCAGGGACUCCGGCAGAAAUCGUGUUAUGCUUAUCAAUAAUAGACAACUGGAAGGUAUACUUUGACGAGAGACUGACUCUGGUUGAGCAGGGACUGGUUUUCAGGUAUUCAGGUAGUUGCCUAAUGUGUCUAAAAUUAAAUAGGCAAUAAUUCUAAAACACCAAUAUCUAUUGACAUCAGUUGCAAAAUAGCUGAGAACAGAAGAGUUGUCAGGUUAGAACACUCUCCGGGCUACGUGACGUUAGAGCUAAUUGCAUUCACAGCCUCUUCAUUGCAGGAUGUGGGUUUUUGGGGAGGGGGGAGGUUGUUAGGUCUACAGAGAUCAGGCACCAAUUUGUAUUUUGCUAUUAAAAAAAGACAUGGGACUGUGGCAGGUGACAUCAGCGCUCCUGUGAAAAAGUAUAACAGUGCUAUAGACUGAAGACUGAACCACAAUGGCCUCUGCCAUUUUUUCCAUGAGUGACAUCACUGAACAAGAGGAAGAGGAGACUGGGACACGCCAGCCAUUGAUUAGGCAGUACUGUGCCACUGAGCAGAUACCUGGGAAGGAGCUCCCACUCCAAGACCUGCUGCGUAAACAGCCAAUGGCCUUGGGGGUUGCACAGUUAGUGGCUGGGAUCACAAGUUUUGGGCUUGGCGUUACCCUGGCAGCGACGUCACCCCUUACUCUGGCUGUCCUACUCAGGGUUCCAAUUCUUACAGGACUUCUGUAUAUCAUCUGUGGAUUGUUGUCUGCCCUACUGAACAGAUUUACCAGACUGUUGCCUAUUUGCUUCGUGGUAAACAUCGGCUGUCUGAGCGUCGCAGGAGUUGGGAUCGUGUUAUUGGCCAUUGACUUGUCUUUACUCACGGAUUCUGAGCGGGCGGUCAGACCGACGAAGGUUCUCAUCCUGUGUGUGAUAGCGCUGAUGGCAUGUAUUUCUGCAUUGCUUGUGUUCUGGCUGCAUCGCGAAAUGCGCAGCAUGCGCAAGAAGUUCUGAUUUGCCCGUCUCUGCAUGGAAAUAAGCCGCAAUGACUGAACCAUUAAAAUAAACAUCCAGAUUAAGUUUAAACAAUGCAAUAUCUUUCAUAUUCACGUGAGCUCUGUCUUGUACUUUAAUGUAAAUUUGAACUUGUUCUCCAAACUAGAAAGGCAGUUUGAAGAAAUUCCACUGUAUGCUCACUUUUGUUUAAAAAUUCCAGCAGGAAAAAACUGCAUGACAUAAUGUGUACACUGUAGACUAUUUUCCAGCAGCAACUAUUUGUAGUACAUUUACUAUUCAAGUGUGUUGUCAUUCUAAGGCUUUUAUUAUAGUUUUAGUAGUAUGCAUGCGUAAAAAAUAAACUGGAAAAGGUUGGUUUUU